UCGUUUAUCAACAAUGAUAGGAUACUUUUGCUAAUGCAUGGAUUCAAUUCGUUUCAAAUUUAAUGAAGUGUUGAAGUUAGUACCUACAUGAUAUUUGAUUUUCGAGGUGAUCAUUUGAUUUGUGGUAUCUACGUUAAAAUAUCUGCACGGAAUUCAACUCGGUGGUCUUCAUUAUCCAAAUCCAGGAAAAAUGUUGGAAAAUUCGGGGAAAUCUUUAUCGUUUUUAUUCUUGAUCGUUUUCCCAUUGGUAAAUGCGCCGGAUUCCAGUAAGUGGCCAUACUUGAGUACAACUACUUCAUCAAGCGAUGCAUUCUUGUUCAAUAGAGAACUGGAUGAAAAAUUUGAAAAAGAGCCGAAUAACUAUUGGUCGGUUAGCAAAGCACGAGAAGCUAUAAUAAAAAAAGAUUGGGAUUGCGGAUCUGAUAUGGAAAAAAUAAUGAAGGCUGGAUCUUAUGAAUUUGAAAAUGAUACUUACAUGACUACUGAUGAAACACAAAUUAAAUAUAAUUGGACAAAAAAACGUUAUGAUUUUGGUAGCUGUAUAUGCCUAGCAGCAAAUGACUUACGUGUAAUCAUUAAAGAGUUGGCUAAAACACUCAAAUAUGGAAAUUGGUCAGUUGUUGUUGAUAUGGCAAAAAAAGAUCCUGACUUUGAAAAGAAACUUAAAACAUAUAUGAAUCGUGCAGAGGUCUUUAUCAAUCUGGUAAUUGAAUUUGUCACAGAAACCAUACCAUUUAAUGAGAUAACCAACAAGUAUGAAAAAAUUGGCAAGUGGAAUAACACAUGGGGAAUUGGGUCUGAAUUGUCAAUCAUGUUUCCUAGCUUAUUGGCUCAUUAUAUGAUGGUUCCAUAUCAAUUACGUGAAAUGCCGUCUAAAAAAAUUACAACAAACAUAUUGAAAAUUAUUCCAACACCAUUUAAAAGUUUCUUAUAUGAUCAAGAUAGUGAUUAUGCAGUAACUGUGUUUGGGCCAUGGCUCAUAGCUCAGAUCUACAAUUUGGAUUGUGAUGAAACCAUGUAUAAGAAAAACAUAAUCGAUGGCGAAGUGUAUGGAAAAAUGAUGCAGGAGAUAGUAUUACCUUAUAGUGAGGUUUGUUUUGGUUUAGGACUUCAUCGUGAUGGAACAUAUAUAUUUGAGGAAACGGUUCUUGGCUUUCGAUACUUUCAACAGAUGUGCUCGAGUUAUGCCAUGUAUGCUUACUCAUUUGACAAAAACUUGGCCAAUAAGCCUACACCACCAGUGCACUGGAAGAGAAUCUCAUCACUUCUACUUCAUCCCUAUAUUAAUCGUGGUCCUCCCGGUAUAUUAAUCCGUCGUGAUGAUUUCUACUCUGAUUAUGAUCCGAAAGCACCAUUUGGUAGUAAAAUCAUGCCACUAGCUCGAAUUUUGCGCAUCAAUACACCUAAGUGCAGAUUUUUUGUACGAGGUGUGACAGCAGGUCUUACAUUCUAUAAUGCAGAUUUAAAUAGCAACGUGUAUUCCCAGUAUUGGGUCCAAUCCCGUAUACCUUACAGUGCCGAAUCCAAUAUUCGAAUUCCGGAUUUUAAAUACGCCUAUGGUUUGAUAUUUUCCACAAAUCACGACGAUUACAUUGGACCGAUGGACAUACUACUUGAUAUUUACUAUCCCACCAAUAAUUCGUGGGGCAUUGUUGGUAGUUUAGGUCUUACAGAGGAAACUCGGCAAGAUUUUCUGCUACAAAACUAUGAAAUAGAAGAUUAUGGCAAAUAUCGGGUAUACGAGUACAUUCGUUACUCACAUCGUAAUAAAACAUACGUGGUCAUCGAUUUAGAAAUUGAUAACCGCAAAGGAGACACAGAAUUGGGUAUUCGGUACAGUUUGGUCGAUGUAGACCCUCAUAAACUUGAACAAACUAAACACGAACUGCAAGUUUUGAAAAUUCCAACGGGGAAAAUUGUGCGAUUGCAGCAUAUUGUCAACUUGGAGAACUGUACAAUCAGGACGAUUCUGGAAGAAAAACUUCAGCGUAAUCCAAUGUGGCGAGAUUUUGAUGCUGGCAAGACAAUAUUACCUUUGGAUGAAUUUGAGAACAGCGUUGAGAAAUGGACUUUGGAUACACAAAACAAUGUAGUGUCGUCGUCGGUUUCUGGUGAAUAUAUGUGCGCUGCUCCUCUGCCCAAUGAGGAGGAACGUGAGUCGAUUCGUGGCGGUACAUUUGUCUUUGAUGCUGAGGAUAGAAACGCGUAUAUGCGCAAGAAAUCAAAUAUUCUGAUAUUCUUCAACUAACCAGUUUUAUUGGAUGUAGGUAUUUUAUUUUUCAUAUUUUACGUUUAUUGACAGAGUUUAGUUCUAACUGAAUCUGCUACCUGUUUGAAAGUUAUGUUAUAGAUAAUUUUUAAAAGCAAAAAAGAGAUGUUGGUAUCCCAAACAGGGUGAAAUUGAGGAACUGAAAAUUGGUUACACCACCUAAUUUGUUAGUCUCCAAAACAAUUGUUGGAGCCUGGAGGUUUUAGGGGAGCAGAUUUUUGGAUUUUACAGUUUUGUAAAAAUUUUAAUAAAAAAGACCAAAAUGAAAUUCAGUAUGUAGGUAAUAGGUAUAUUAAACUUGGAUUCAUCGACUUUAUAUGACCCUUCAUCUAAUUCAUUUUUGGCAUAAUUUCUCAAAAAUUUAACUCUCAGAUUGAAACCCACGCUGGAUUUUUUUCCCUUCAAGAUCUAAAACAUUUUAAAAUUUACUGGAGGUUUCAAAAUAUCCCCCAAGAACCUAAUCAAUUUUGAAAUCCAUAGAUACAUUUUGAGUCGAAUUCGCACUUUUUGUUUCAAUGAGAUCAUAAACGACUUUUUUAUUCCCCAUCCUCAAAAAAAUCACCUAAAAAAAACGCUGAAUUUGAACCGGAAAAAACGAUUUUCGAAAAACUGUGCCCAAAUUGUUCAAAAGAGCCACGAAGACAAUGUAUCCGAGUUAACAAUAAGUAUUGAAUUUUAUUUCAAUCCUUUCUUAUGUCAAUUUUCCCUCAAUGGGAAAAAUCCAAAAAUUUAUUGAAGGCUCCAAAAAGAUCUUUAAAUCAUCAAAAUCAAUUCGGCAGGUCGAAAAAUAGGGUAGAUUUGGACUAAAUUUUAGCUUUCUACCUCAAAAAUGGAUUUUGAAUUUUCAAAAAUUUACCAAAAACUACUUAGAAAAAAUAAAAUUGAGCGCUAGAAGUGAGACUCAUUAAUUGGUGUUUUUUUGUAUAUCCACGUCGGUUCAACAAUAUUCUUCUACUGAUUAAAAUACCUAUACCUUCUAUGUACCGAUAAGUAUAUUACAGGUACCAAAAAUAAUAUUUAAUUAAACGUAUACCUCGGUAGGUAAACCUAUUUACCAUCUAUCCUAAUCAAAUAUAAUUUUUUAAACUUUUUUUUCAAGUUUCAUUUUUAUUAGAUCACCUUCCUAGUUCUUAAUAGAGCUUUUAGGUUGGUAAUGGAAAAAAAUGAUUUUGGGAAUAUUUUUAGAUAUCGCACCUCGGGAGUAAUAAGGUCACAUCUAAAAAAAAAUUGAUUUUGAUGUUUUUGCAUUUUUGGGGUUUGUAUGACCCCGCUCAACCAAAAAUUACACUUUGAGUUGGGUACAUUAUCUUGUAAAAAACGCAAAUGGCCUAACUCAAAAUCUCAACAACAUUGCAAGUUGUUUGGAGUUAUAAGGUCACAUCUCAAAAAACUCCACCUUUUUUGAGCAAAUUUCGUACAUACAAAGUGUUAACAAAUAGUUUUGAUUGUUUUGAAUGUUUGCCAGUUAGAAAUAGUCACAAGGAGUGCAUUUCUUAUUGGUUUGUACCAAAUGGAAAAAUUUUUUUAAAUUGAUCAUUUUUCAGAAAAAUGAAUUUGCACAUAUCAUGAAAUUUUAGUUUUUUGAGAAAAACUCAAAAACUAAGCACUCUAGAAAAAAACUAAUGACAUUAUGUCGAUUGGAAAUUUAAUUCUCUACAACAUUGUUGUCAUGAAAUUUUUUGUUGGACGCUUCCUUUCACCUCCACAUCAACUUUAAUGAAAGGUUCUAACUCAAAAUGUUUUCCAAACAUUGAAAUAUUUCCUCUUUAAGAUUUUAUUUUUCAAAGUGCUCUUAUGCUAAAUGAAGGUAGGAUACCAGAUCUUUAAAAUGAGGUGCUAUUCAUUCCUCACAAUUAAUUAUAAGUUGAUAAAAAUAAUGAAUCAAGUUAAAAAAAAAAAUUAAAUCACUCUCCUGUAAAAUUUCACUUUUUUGAGAUGUGACCUUAUUACUCCCGAGGUGCGAUAUGAUGACUGAAAAAUUAUAAUCUGUGUACUUAUCACCUACAAUGAUCUUCUUUUUGAAAUACUAAGGUAUUGGGUGGAGAACUACCUACCUAUUUAAUUUUUUAUAAGAAAAUGAAUUUCAACAAAUUGAGUAGAUAGGUAUUUUAAUUGUAUCUAUGUAUUUUUUUUAGAUGGUUUAUGCUAUUUUUACCAAUUAUAUUUCAUUUUCUUUUCUU